AUGAGCUCAAGCAACCAUCGGGAGGAGAAGGCAGAGAGUGAAAGUGAGAAGCGGACGGAGGUGCCCUCCAUAGCUGAUCUCACGUUGAGGCUGGCGAAGGAGAUUGCUGGCGGUCAACAAAAUAAUGACUCUUUGAAUAAGUCGGACAGCACUCAGAAUGCUCCUUCCGAUUUACCAAUCUUCUAUACACCAACACCGAGUGAUAAAUACAAGUGUUGUGCGUGUGGUGAGGUUUUGAGGAGACCAGUAAAGUUUGUGGUCUGUGAACAUUCCUGCUGCUCUACCUGCUACUCUGAUAUCAUGUCGUCAACUGGACGUUGUCCAAUAGAUGGAAAUGUACUGGAAAGAAGUGAAGUUACUGUAGAUAAGCAGAUGCAACGGGAAUUAGAUCAUCUUGGAGUAAAAUGCAACUACUUCGAGCAAGGAUGUUCGUGGACUGGGCUGGCAGUCGAGUUGACUGAUCAUUUGGAAGAGUGUCAGUGUCGUCUAGUUCGUUUUAUGGAGCAACACGUCACCGCUGACUGUCCACGUCGUCCUGUUGUAUGUCAAUUUUGUCAAGAAAAAAUUGAAAUGUACAAUCAGCCGACACACAUGGAGAUGUGCAAACGCUUCCCCAUUCCGUGUCCUAACGGCUGCAGAAGAAAGGAAUUACCACGCGAAGAAUUGACGGCGCAUCUAGAGGCUGGGUGUCCUCUACAGGUCAUAAAUUGUCCAUUUUCUGAACAAGGUUGCCAAUUUCGCGGCAGAAAACGCCAAAUUAGGGCUCAUUUAGCCGACGAGUUGGUUUUGCACGUACUACUACUGCGCGACGCCGUUCAGGGGUUUCAUAACCUCUUGGAUUUGCAAGUUCAGGCGGUCCAUGAGAGCCAGGCUGCGGUGAAGAAAAUGCAGAUGAAGUUACAGCGGUGUGAGGCAUAUUUUGAGCCAUCUUUUGUUUGGAAAAUCGAUGGCUACAGGGAGAAAUUCGAGGAGGCACAGCAAGGCCGCAAGACCAGUCUCUUCUCAAACCCUUUCUAUAGCCACCGUCACGGUUACCGAGUGUGCUUAUCCAUUUGCCCGAAUGGGGAGCAGCGCUACAGAGGAAAGUACUUGUCGGUGUUCAUUUGUAUCUGUCGUGGUGAAUACGACGCACUGCUGAGCUGGCCUUUCUCUUACCCUAUAACGCUGAAGCUGUUGGAUCAGAAUAUCGACCCGGGUAUGCGACAAGACCACGUGGUGACCAUUCGUCCCAACCCCAUACCCAGCAACAACGCCUACCUCAAACGGCCCUCAAGUGAGCGCAAUCAGUGCUUCGGAUCGCCAAGGUUCCUCGAGCUGGACCAGCUGCAUUUGCGUGACUUUGUGGUGGACAACACACUCUAUAUCAAGGCCAUCUUUGACAUCAAUGCGUAG